AUGCGCCCGACUAGUCACCACUACUCCGUCCUGGCCGCGACUCGGGGCACUGUGGUAUGGACAGAGUACCUCACUACAUCUACUCCGGACUGGCUAUGGAGAAUCCCAAUGUGCAAAAUGGGAAACCCCGACCGAACGAUGCCAGCAAUGCAUGACGAGGCCCCUCCCUUUGCUGCUCCACGGAUCGGAAUGGAGGACAAGCGCCCACAUGGUUUAACCAACUAG